AUGUCAGAAAUAGCCUCUGAAUCAAUUCCUGCUGUACCCGCCAGCGACGAAUACUAUGAUCUCGGCAACUUCAGUCGAAAGAUCACUACCGCCUCCCCGGACGCCCAGAUAUGGUUCAACCGCGGCUUGACAUGGGCCUACUCAUUUAACCACGCAGAGGCCGCCUAUUGCUUUGAGCAAGCAACAAUCCAUGACCCUUCCUGCGCCAUGGCCCAAUGGGGCCUGUCCUUCGCACUAGGCCCGAGCUACAACAAGCCCUGGGAAAAGUUUGACCCGGAUGACCUCAAGAAAUCCGUAUAUCGUUCUUACCACGCCUCGCGAAAAGCGAACGAACUGGCCACCCACUCAACCCCGAUUGAACGGGCUCUCAUCGAUGCUAUCCAAUUCCGCUACCAGACAGAUCAUACAAGAACUGAUCUAAAGGGUCAGAAUAAAGCAUACGUCCGCGCGAUGGAGCUCGUAUACCAUGAAUCAAAAGACGACGUCGGCACCAACGACCUCGACGUUGCAGCCCUGUAUGCAGAUUCACUCAUGAAUCUAACACCCUGGAGUCUAUGGAAUCUCUUCACCGGAAAGCCAAACCCACUCGCACGAACCAUGGACGUGAAACAGGUCCUCGAAACCACUUUCACUCAGCCCGGUGCAAUCAAGCACCCAGGCCUCCUACAUCUAUACAUCCAUUAUAUCGAAAUGUCACCGACGCCCGAAAUUGGCAUUGCCAUCGCUGAUAACCUGCGCGAUCUUGUCCCAGAUGCAGGCCACAUGCGCCACAUGCCUACACACCUAGACAUCCUAGUCGGCGACUGGCAGCGCUCAAUAGCAUCAAACCACGUCGCCACAAUCGCUGACGAGAAAUUCUUCCAUCGCGCCGGCGCUUUCAACUUCUACACUUUUUAUCGAAUGCACAACUACCAUUCUCUCAUAUCCUCCGCCAUGUUCGCCGGCCAAUUAAAUACAGCCCUAGACGCCGUAACCCGCAUGGAAGCAACUCUUCCAGAAGAAGUCCUCCGCAUUCAGUCCCCGCCCAUGGCAGACUGGCUCGAGAACUUCCUCACAAGCAGAAUACAUGUCAUGAUCCGUUUCGGACAGUGGUCCGACCUUAUUACCAUGGACCUCCCAGCCGAUAAGGAGCUAUACAGCGUCGUCACGGCAACAGCGCACUACGCAAAGGGCGUAGCCUUCAGCGCGACAGGCCAAAUACCCGAAGCAGAAGCGGCGCGCAAUGAAUUCCGCAAAGCUCUCGACAAGGUACCAGAGUCACGCAUCGCGUACAAUAGCACUUGUGUCCAGGUCCUAACCGUAGCAUCCAAAAUGCUAGAUGGGGAAAUUGAGUAUCGCCGCGCUGAAUACGAGAGUGCGUUUUCGAGUCUGUCAAAAGCUGUUGCUCUGGACGAUAAGCUUCCUUAUAGUGAGCCGUGGGCGUGGAUGCAGCCGACUCGACAUGCUUAUGCGGCUUUGUUGCUUGAGCGCGGUCUUGUUGAGGAUGCACUGGCGGUUUAUAAGGCUGAUUUGGGGAUUGAUGAUACUUUGAUUCGGGCGGCGAGACACCCGAAUAAUGUUUGGGCUCUGCAGGGGUUUUAUGAGUGUUUGGUCAGAUUGGGUAGAGUUGAUGAGGCUGGUGCUGUUGAGCCAACUGUGAGAUUGGCACUUGAUAGGGCUAGUGUUACUAUCAAGUCUUCUUGCUUUUGUCGCUUGGAUACUUCGUUGGCUCCUGAUUUCACGUCUUGUUGCGAUUGA